AUGUCAUCUGAAAGAUCACCACCGAGCAAUCCUGGAAAUCAGGGUACUUCAAACCAACCAACUAUGGAUCAGAUACUACAGUUGCUACAGCAACAAGCGACAAAUAUGGUUCAGCAACAACAACAAUAUAUGCAGCAAAAUCAACAGCCGCAUCAAAAUCGUCAAGUAGAGGCACCGAUGUCGACGUUUAAGUCAUUUCAAGCAAUUAAGCCCCCAGACUUUGAUGGAUCAAAAGGACCUAUUGAAGCAAGGUCUUGGUUGAAGGAAAUUGAGAAAGCUUUCAAAUUAGCAAAAGUAAGUGAGGAUCAGAAGACUGAUUAUGCUAGUUACUUUCUGAAAAACGAAGCUAAUUAUUGGUGGGAAUCGGUAAGAGCUCUAGAAGGAGAUGAUGUGAUCUUGUGGGAUAGGUUUGUUGAACUGUUCUUAGAGCAAUAUUUUCCGGAGCAUGUACAAAGCCAACUAGAGUUGGACUUCUUGGAGUUAAAACAAGGAGAUAAGAGUGUAGCGGAGUAUGAGAAGAGGUUUAUGGAGUUGCCAAGGUUUGUCACAGCCUACGUGGAUAAUGAUUUGAAGAAAGCUAAAAGAUUCCAACAAGGGCUGAGAUCGGAUAUUAGAAUUAGUGUGGCAGCUUUAAGAUUGAAGACUUAUGCUGAUGUGGUUCAAACAGCAAUGGUGAUAGAAAGAGAGCACAAUUUAGAUAAAAAGGAGCAAGAGAGUAAGAAAAGGAAGGUGGAAGCAAUUGAAGGAAGUCAAGGCCAAGGAAGUUCUCAACAAGGAUUCCAGAAGAGGCAGAAUUUCCAACAAAAUAGGAAUCAAGGAUUUAAGAACCCGGGGCAGAAUGUUAAUAGGCAGUUUAAUAGGCCCCCGAAUCAGAAUCAGCAAGGUGUAGUGAAACCUCCAACACCAGACUGCAAGAAUUGUGGGAAGAAGCACUCAGGAAUAUGUGGAAAAUUGAACAUAGUAUGUUUUAAAUGUAAUAAGAGGGGUCAUUACGCUAAUGAGUGUAGAAGUCAAGGGGCAAUGAGGUGUGACAAUUGUGGAAAAACUGGGCAUUAUACCUAUAAUUGCAAGAACCCGGCACUAGCAAGCGCAAUGGUACGUGUGCAAGGAUCAACAUCAGGGAAGAGGCCUAAUGCUAGGACUUUUAACAUGACAAAGAAGACUUCGUCUAAGGAUACAGAUGUGGUAGCAGAUGCCAAGGAUUAGAGCAGCCGCUUAUAAAGUUUCCCAGAGUUAUCUUUUGUGCUAGGAAAAUCGCAGGAUGAUGCUAGGAGUCUUGGACUAAGUGUGGAUUAGUUAGUACGACUUGUUUCUUUGAAGUUGUAUUAUAAUGUCAGUAUGGUUGUAGUGGAAAACUCAUGUAGUAAGGAACCUAUGUCGUUGUUCGUUUGCAGUAACAGUUUAAACCUUUCGCAGACUUAGACCUGGCAAGAUCUUUGGUCAGGGGUGUAAUGGUAUAUAUUUAUUAUGUUAAUCUAUUCAG